AGCGUGCACGUUGAGAUUCCUCGGCGGGCCUGGCAGCGGUGCUGGGCAUGCUCAGUGGGCAGGACCCGUUAGAGUGGCGAGCGGCACAGGCACCAAGAUGUCCAACCGAGUGGUCUGCCGGGAAGCCAGUCACGCCGGGAGCUGGUACACAGCCUCAGGACCGCAGCUGAAUGCACAGCUAGAAGGUUGGCUUUCACAAGUACAGUCUACAAAAAGACCUGCUAGAGCCAUUAUUGCACCCCAUGCAGGAUAUACGUACUGUGGGUCUUGUGCUGCCCAUGCUUACAAACAAGUGGAUCCAUCUAUAACCCGGAGAAUUUUCAUCCUUGGGCCUUCUCAUCAUGUGCCCCUCUCUCGAUGUGCACUUUCCAGUGUGGAUAUAUAUAGGACACCUCUCUAUGACCUUCGUAUUGACCAAAAGAUUUACGGAGAACUAUGGAAGACAGGAAUGUUUGAACGCAUGUCUCUGCAGACAGAUGAAGAUGAACACAGUAUUGAAAUGCAUUUGCCUUAUACAGCUAAAGCCAUGGAAAGCCAUAAGGAUGAGUUUACCAUUAUUCCUGUACUGGUUGGAGCUCUGAGUGAGUCAAAAGAACAGGAAUUCGGAAAACUCUUCAGUAAAUAUCUAGCGGAUCCUAGUAAUCUCUUUGUGGUUUCUUCUGAUUUCUGCCAUUGGGGUCAAAGGUUCCGUUACAGUUACUAUGAUGAAUCCCAGGGGGAGAUUUAUAGAUCCAUUGAACAUCUAGAUAAAAUGGGUAUGAGUAUUAUAGAACAAUUAGACCCUGUAUCUUUUAGCAAUUACUUGAAGAAAUACCAUAAUACUAUAUGUGGAAGACAUCCUAUUGGGGUGUUAUUAAAUGCUAUCACAGAGCUCCAGAAGAAUGGAAUGAAUAUGAGCUUUUCCUUUUUGAAUUAUGCCCAGUCAAGCCAGUGUAGAAACUGGCAAGACAGUUCAGUGAGUUAUGCAGCUGGAGCACUCACGGUCCACUGAAGCUCUGAAUCCUCAGGGAUACCACCUGCACAUUCUCAUACUCUGUCCGGGGUCCCAGCCUAGCCUUUACCAAGAUACUGGUCCUGGUUUGGGGGGAUUCUGAAACCUCAAACUAAUAGAACUUUCUUCUCUUCUUUUCUAGUAGGUGUAGUCCUUCCUUAAUUUCAACUCAUUAAAAAAUGCUUUAUAGUUUAGGGCAGUGGAAGGAAGGCUGGCAUCAAAAUAUUUUGAUCAAAAAAAAAUGACAAUGUAAAGGCCCAGUUGUGGCAGACAGUUUUUUGAAAGUAACUUGUAAAGCAUUUACCAUAUCCUAAAUUUGCACUCUUUGCAGACUUGUGCACAUAUAUUCCGCUUUCAGAAUAGUUUUGCAAAUUGUACACAAACAAACAAAAAAAGGUGGAAGCUUUUUAAUAAAGAAAUUGCAUUUAUAAAUGAUCUGUAUUAGAAUAUAAUAAAUCUCCAGUUAUAGUCAAUUACUACCCGUGUUGUACAACAGAUACCUUCUAUUUUAGUUGCUAAUAAAGGGCUACACAACUCAAAA